AUGGAGGCGCGCGACGAGUACUUCCAGCAGCACCAAGAUGCGGCCCACAGAAGUGGUCUAUCCCCGCUCAUGAAGUGCACGGUUACACUUCGUCAGUUGGCAUACGACACCACGACGGACAUGUUUGAUGAGUAUCUUCAUGUCGGGGAUACCACUGGCAGGGAGUGUCUGGUAAAAUUUUGUGAGGGCGUGAUUGACGCCUUCGGCGCCACAUAUUUGUGCAAGCCGAAUGCCGAAGAUUGCCAAUACCUAAUGAGGAUGCACGAUAGGGUGCAUGGCUUUUCUGGAAUGUUAGGGAGCAUUGAUUGUAUGCAUUGGGAGUGGAAGAAUUGUCCGACAGCGUGGGAAGGCCAAUUCAGCAGUGGGUAUAAGGGUACCUACUCGACGAUGGUACUUGAAGCCAUCGUUGACCACCAUCUUUGGAUCCGACAUGCUCACUUUGGCGUGGCGGGGUCAAACAACGACAUCAACGUGCUGAACUCGUCGAGUCUCUUCACCGAGCAAUGCAAUGACAACGGUCCGGUUAUCUAG